GUACUAUGCAAGCACUUAUUCGAAGCAGCCCUAAAUCUACGUGCUUCGUGGCCGACUUGUACUUGUAGCUUUACUUCUGGCUGUUAACUUCAUCCUCUCCCUCUCUGCUCUCGACUAUGUUGUGGAGCAUUCGCGAUCCACCCUCUCCUGUUUUUGUUCCCUCAUUGGUGCCGGAGGGUAUAUGCUAUUCUGAGCCAAGCUCUCCAAAGGCAAACACACCAAACUUGUCUCCAACUCCAGCGGCAGAUCCACCUUCACCAUCUUUCCCUCGUCCUUCUCCUCCGAGUAUCAGGCUGGAUUUGGUGGGGCAAGAGCAGUGGUCUACGAAUCCGCUGCAAGUCACGUCUACGUUCAUUGUCGUAGGUGACAAUGGCUUUCAGCCGGUGUCUAGCCCUGCAUAUAAGAAAGGCGGGAAGUGGAAGACUACGCAAUCCAUCGUUAUUGAUCCCAGUGUCACUGCGGUCCACGCUUGGCUUCAGUCAGGCCUAGCUGGGUUUCCGCCUGAGAAAUCUUCGAUUCGUGCGUCGUUCAGGAGGGACUUCUGUGUCCUUGUGAUGUUGGAGGACGACAGGGAAGAAUGCAUGCUCCAGAAACAAGACACCGUCUCGCUAGGACACUGCGAUAUUACUCUUCCAUUGGGAGAACCCUUCAUUGAUCUGGUCAUCACCGUAGCCCCCUCAAGCUCAGAGCCUUCCUCCGAAGUCUCUCGAACAAUCUCUGAGCCUAUGUCAAAGGCCAUUAGAGCCUCGCUUGACGGCAGCUUUCUCAUUGGCGUCAAACUUAUGGUUUUUACACGUAAAUAUGGGGAGACGUCCGCAUGUAACCGUCGUGCCAUUUAUGCAAGCAGCAGCAUUUUGAAGGGUCGUAGUGCGUUCUUGGAGAGCUAUAUCAAUGGUCCUUACGAUGACCCACCGCCGGGCGUCUGCCAGUAUCCCUAUGAUGAAGACAGUGAUCUCCCUUGCGACAUCCCUCAAAAGUCUGACCGCACAACUAUAAGACCACAACCGGAAGCACUUUCCCGUGCUUUAUCUCCCGUCGAUAUCACAGGCUUGGAUACAGUACAGCCUGCGCCACUCGAAUUCCGUGGCAGUGAAAAGUCAUCUCCAGCAUCGAUAUUCGAUUCGCCACCCUUAUCUACCACAUCUUGCAAAAAAUCACCGGCCAAGAGUUGUCGCUCUCUUGUCUCAAUCGACGCUCUGUCCUAUCAAAAAUCUGACGUUAUCAACGUUUGUGGGCAUGAGAAGGCAGAAUCUCCCGUCUGCAAUGAAUCUAUGGGUCGGCUUGCUGAGGUUACGAAUCAUCGCGUGGAAGAUUACCUAGCCACUACAGCGGAGCCUCAACAGAAAGCUCCGACGUCGCUUCCACACCUGGUAUUGGUUAACGACGUGGCUUUCAGGACCUUCCGAGCCUUGAUGGUAUACAUGUAUACCAAGGAGGUCGCUUUCAUCCCUCUCAAAUCCAGUGGUGGGCGCUCGUACAACGUCGGUGAUGCAUGUUCUCCGAAAUCAAUGUAUCGCCUUGCAGUCAAAGCCAACCACGAGGGCCUAAAGAAACACGCAUUCGACAAUUUACGCUCUCAGCUUGGGCCUGCGAACAUUAUUACGGAGAUCUACUCGAAGUUUACUAGAGAUCACCCCGAGAUAUUUGACAUGGAACUGACUGUCUUGCUGGAUCACUUUACGAAUUCUACGGUAAGAGGCGAGUGGGAGAAGAUGAUAGACUUGGUGGCGAGCGGUCGGCUUCCACACGGCUCAGAUAUUUUGAAGAAAGUGACUCGUGUCUUGCGCACUUGACUAACAAUUCCCUAACUUUAUCCUGCGAUCUUUUGAACUCUGAUCAUUCAUCGGACUGGUCACGUACAUAGCUAACUAAUCGAAUGCAUUACAAGGUCACGCGUCGUCUUUCGCU